GGGAACUCCGUUCGAAUGGCCCACGACGGCGCGGCGGAGCGGCGGCGGGUGGCGCUGCGGGUCCUCCUCGCGCGCGGCGAGGGUUCUUCCUCCUCCCCGUCGCCGCGGCCGGAGGAGGCGCGGAGCAAGCAGGGGCUGGCGUCGGCCCUGCGCGGGCUCGGGUGCACGUCGGCCGCCGCGUCGCUGGCCCACGCGCCGGUCGCCGCGUCGACGGUGGAGGCCGUCCGCUCUUCGGCCGAGGAGGAGGAGUGGCGGGGGAGCCGGCGGCGGCGGAGGAAGGAGCGGAGGAACGCGAGGGCCGCGGUAGGUGGCGGCGGCGGCGGAGGAGGGGUUGCCGGGGACGUGUGGUGCACGUGCACGCCGGGGAUACCGUUCGCCGCCGAGGCGUCUUCGGUGGACUGCGUCGUGGCGCGGCACCAGCCGGCGGGCGCGGGGCGCCGCGGCGAGGGGGAGAGGCGACACAGGGAGAGGGCUGCCGAUCACCGGGCUCGCAGGGUGACCAUGCGGGAGCACAUCUCCUCGUCGUUCAUGGACUCGCCGCCACGCUUCCACAUGCCGUUCCACGAUGCCGACCUCCUGCAUUCAGGCCGCCACCGCCACAUCACUGGAUUCAGCCACUCCCACGCCAGGACCGAAGAAGAGAUAAUGAUGUUCCGAACGAGACUAUUGUUGGGAAGAAUGGGCAUGUAUGAUCAAUACCAGGAUUGGCGCCUUGACGUUGAUAACAUGAAUUAUGAGGAGCUCCUCGCUCUCGAGGAAAGGAUUGGGUAUGUGAGCACAGGGCUGCGUGAAGAUGAGAUCGUUCGCGGCCUUAGGAUGGUCAAACACUCGGCGUUCGACCGCAAGCAUUGUUCGACAGAAGCAGAGAGGAGCUGCAGCAUUUGUCAAGAAGAGUAUGAAGCUAGCGAGGAAAUAGGGAGGCUGAACUGUGGGCACGGCUACCACGUGCACUGCAUCAAGCAGUGGCUCUCUCGGAAGAACGCUUGCCCAAUUUGCAAGAUCGCCGUCUCAAAGCCAUGAGAUUCCCUUGGCCACAUACUUUUUGUUCCGGUACAGUACUUGUAUGCAUUCAUGUCUGAAAGGUGUGUCAUGUUUGUUCUUCCGUGUAGUUGUACUUGUACAGCCCUCUGCUGCUCUGCAUAUAAACAUUGUUGAUGUAAAAAAAACACAGGCACACAUGUGCAUAUAGAAACGACGUUUUUGUUCUUC